AUUGAAUUAGUAUUAUAUCAUUGAAUUAGUCUUAUCUUGUCCGCGGAAAUCGCGAAUUAAGAUAAAAAUUGAUUUAUAAAUACUUUUAUAGAACGAUGUGAUUUAAUUCUGCCAAAGCCUCAGCCAUGAAGUUUCUGGUAGUGUUAGCUGCUUGCACAGCGCUAUGCGCUGGUAGCGCCAUCCCCGUGGUCCCUGGAGACAAUAGCCACUAUGUGGAGGGGGAGAGUCGCUACAUCUGGAUGCCUGAUGGUGAAGGAGUACCGCACUUAGUGGACCUGCACGAACCUGCCGACGAAGCACUCCUAGCCUCACGAAAUGGCGCCAACAACCAAUACUGGCUUUUUACCAGGCAAAAUCCUACCAACGCUCAAAUUAUCGUCAACGGCAACGCUAACUCUAUCUGGAACUCCAACUACCGGGCUAACCGCGGAUUGAAAGUCAUCGUUCACGGCUGGAACAGCAAUGGAAACUCCGCCAUGAACCCCCUCAUCACAUCUGCCUUCCUCGCUGUUCAGGAUGUCAACGUCAUCGUUGUUGACUGGCGCGCUCUCGCUAACUCCAACUACAUUACGGCUGCAAACGGUGUCCCUGGUGUUGGCCAAUUCCUCGGUAACUUCCUCGUGUGGCUGAUCAACACUGCUGGUGGAAACUGGAACAAUGUCCACUUGGUUGGCUUCAGUUUGGGAGCUCACGUCGUGGGUAGCGCUGGACGUCAGGCUGGCCGUCGUGCCGCCCGUGUCACUGGUUUGGAUCCUGCUGGACCUAACUGGGGAGGAAACUCAAAUGCCCUGAACGGCAACGAUGGCCAAUACGUUGAAGCCAUCCACACUGACGGUGGACUCCUUGGUAUCUUCGACCGCAUCGCGAACGGUGACUUUUACCCCAACGGAGGCAGGAACCCCCAACCUGGCUGCUGGAUCAGUACCUGUUCUCACAGCAGAGCGCCUGAACUAUUUGCAUCCAGUGUGCGCACCAACCACUUCGUAGGCAGACUCUGCUCGAACAUCAACCAAGCUCAGAACAACCAGUGCUCAGGUGGCACCUUCAAUAUGGGCAACGGAAUUAUUGGAAAACGCGGAAACGGAAUCUACGGGCUUUCUACUGGCUCCAGCUGGCCUUUCUAAGGGAAGCAGUUCAAGAACUUAAUACUGUAAUAAAUUAUUGACCAUA